GAUAUUGACCUUGGAACAGAAUUCUUUAUAUGGCAACAGUCAACACUUGUCAAACCCUAGUACGUUGUUUGUCAAGUCGUGUCAAUUUUCGGAAUAACAAACGGUUAUCUUGCGUUAUUAUGUCGAAACCCAUAAAAAGUUCAGCUAGGAGGUUAAUUUAUACAAUGAUGUGUAAAUUUAAAGCAAAACAAGAAGAGCGAGCCUCUGCCUUUCGCGAGAAAGAACGAUAUUUCCAUGAAAUAAUGGCUGCCACAGAGAGGAUAAGAGAUAAAGCCGAUGACAGCAGCUUAAAUGAGUUGAAUGAUAUUAAUAAUGCUGUGAAGAGUUUACAACAACUAGAGGAAAAUAGUCGGCUCAAAACGGAAAUUCAAUUUGUGCAAGAAAUUUCUGCAAUGACAGAUGUUGGUACAGCUACUAUCAAAAGAAUAAAAAAAGAAGGACAGUCAAAUGCAGGUGUUUGGAAUACUCCCGGGAAAAAGCGUCCACAUAAACCAACAGUUGCCAAUUUGGAUAGUUUUGACAUUAACGCGAUCAGGCAGAAGAUCAAUGAAUACUACACAGUGAAGAAACAGGUGCCUACUUUACGUACCUUGUUAACAGAUUUAAGAGAGAGCAUAGGCCAUCUACUAGCGGCGUGAUUGAAAAAAUUUCCCCAGGAAAACGUUUCAUUAUUGUACAUGCCGGGUCCGAAAAAGGAUUUGUGCCUAAUGCCCUCUUGGUUUUUAGCACAAAAUCUAUGUCAGCUGAUUAUCAUCACGACAUGAACCGACAGAACUUUUUAAAAUGGCUGCAAGAGAAAUUAAUCCCUAAUUUAAGGGAACCAAGUGUAAUAAUAAUGGAUAACGCAAGUUAUCAUUCAACUCAGGUAAAUAAACCACCCACAAUGCAUCAGAGAAAGGCAGAAAUUCAAGAUUGGCUCACUACCAAUGGAAUUGAUUAUGAAACUUACAUGUCGAAGGAAGAGCUGAUGUGUCUGGUGGACAAAUACAAGCCCGACCCAAAAUAUGAGGUCGACGAAAUUUUAAAAGAAAAUGGACAUGAAGUUCUACGGUUGCCCCCAUACCAUUGUGACCUU